AUGUCGAGACCCAAGGGACUGUUAUGGGUGCCGCUGUUCUUCACGCCGGUCUGCGUCAUGCUGAACUCCAAUGUUCUCCUGUGGAUAACGGCUCUUGUCAUCCGCUUCACGCUCAUCGACAGCCAAGCCCAGUACCCGGUCGUCAACACAAAUUAUGGCAAAAUCCGGGGCCUAAGAACACCAUUGCCCAAUGAGAUUCUGGGUCCAGUGGAACAGUACUUGGGGGUCCCCUAUGCUUCGCCCCCCACUGGAGAGAGGCGGUUUCAGCCCCCGGAGCCCCCUUCUUCAUGGACUGGAGUUCGGAACGCCACUCAGUUCGCGGCUGUGUGCCCCCAGCAUCUCGAUGAGAGGUCCUUAUUGCACGAUAUGCUGCCCAUCUGGUUUACUGCGAAUCUGGAUACUUUAAUGACCUACGUGCAAGAUCAGAAUGAGGACUGCCUUUACUUAAACAUCUACGUGCCCACGGAAGAUGGAGCCAACACAAAGAAAAACGCAGAUGAUAUAACCAGUAAUGACCGUGGUGAAGAUGAAGACAUCCAUGAUCAGAACAGUAAGAAGCCGGUCAUGGUCUAUAUCCACGGCGGGUCUUACAUGGAGGGCACUGGCAAUAUGAUAGACGGGAGCGUUCUCGCAAGCUACGGCAAUGUCAUCGUGAUAACCAUUAACUACCGGCUGGGCAUUCUAGGGUUUUUAAGUACUGGCGACCAGGCGGCCAAAGGCAACUACGGGCUCCUGGAUCAGAUCCAGGCGCUACGGUGGAUUGAGGAGAACGUCGGGGCUUUCGGCGGCGACCCCAAGCGAGUGACCAUCUUCGGCUCUGGGGCGGGAGCCUCUUGCGUCAGUCUGUUGACUUUGUCACACUAUUCAGAAGGUCUGUUCCAGAAGGCUAUCAUCCAGAGUGGCACGGCCCUGUCCAGCUGGGCGGUGAACUACCAGCCUGCCAAGUACACGCGGAUAUUGGCAGAUAAGGUUGGUUGCAACAUGCUGGACACCACCGACAUGGUAGAAUGUCUUCGGAAUAAGAACUACAAAGAACUCAUUCAGCAGACGAUCACCCCCGCCACGUACCACAUUUCCUUCGGCCCCGUCAUCGACGGCGACGUCAUCCCGGACGACCCUCAGAUUUUGAUGGAGCAGGGGGAGUUCCUGAACUAUGACAUCAUGCUGGGCGUCAACCAGGGGGAAGGCUUGAAGUUUGUGGACGGCAUCGUGGACAACGAGGACGGCGUGACGCCCAAUGACUUUGACUUCUCUGUGUCCAACUUUGUGGACAACCUGUACGGCUACCCGGAGGGGAAAGACACGUUGCGGGAGACCAUCAAAUUCAUGUACACAGACUGGGCCGACAAGGAGAACCCGGAGACGCGGCGGAAAACCCUGGUGGCUCUCUUCACGGACCACCAGUGGGUGGCCCCUGCCGUGGCCACGGCCGAUCUCCACGCCCAGUACGGCUCUCCGACCUACUUCUAUGCCUUCUACCACCACUGCCAAAGCGAAAUGAAACCCAGCUGGGCAGACUCGGCCCACGGCGAUGAAGUGCCCUAUGUCUUUGGGAUCCCCAUGAUCGGCCCUACUGAACUCUUCAGCUGUAACUUCUCCAAGAACGAUGUCAUGCUCAGCGCGGUGGUCAUGACCUACUGGACCAACUUCGCCAAAACCGGUGACCCAAACCAGCCUGUUCCUCAGGAUACCAAGUUCAUUCACACAAAACCCAAUCGCUUCGAGGAAGUGGCGUGGUCCAAGUAUAACCCCAAAGACCAGCUCUAUCUGCAUAUUGGCCUGAAGCCCCGAGUGAGGGAUCACUACCGGGCUACCAAGGUGGCUUUCUGGCUUGAACUAGUUCCCCACCUGCACAACCUCAAUGAGAUCUUCCAGUAUGUGUCCACAACCACCAAGGUCCCUCCUCCCGACAUGACUUCAUUCCCCUAUGGCACCCGGCGGUCUCCCGCCAAGAUCUGGCCCACCACCAAACGCCCGGCCAUCACUCCCGCCAACAACCCCAAACACUCCAAGGACCCUCACAAGACAGGGCCCGAGGACACCACCGUCCUCAUCGAAACCAAACGGGAUUACUCCACCGAACUCAGUGUCACCAUCGCCGUGGGGGCCUCCCUGCUCUUCCUCAACAUCCUGGCCUUUGCGGCUCUGUACUACAAGAAGGACAAGAGGCGCCACGAGACGCACAGGCGCCCCAGUCCCCAGAGAAACACGACCAACGACAUCGCUCACAUCCAGAACGAGGAGAUCAUGUCGCUGCAGAUGAAGCAGUUGGAGCACGACCACGAGUGCGAGUCCCUUCAGGCUCACGACACGCUGAGGCUCACCUGUCCCCCGGACUACACCCUGACCCUGCGCCGGUCUCCGGACGACAUCCCACUCAUGACAGCAAACACCAUCACCAUGAUUCCCAACACACUGACGGGCAUGCAGCCGUUGCACACGUUCAACACCUUCAGCGGAGGACAAAACAGUACAAAUCUCCCCCACGGACACUCGACCACUCGGGUAUAGCUUUGCGGUUCCCUGCCCCGCCCUCGGCUCCUCCCCACCGAGAGAGGGAGAAAG